UCUACAUUUGAGUCUGGAUAAAAGCGUGUCUUUUGAAGAACAACUGAGCAAUAUACCUUCAAACUUUGCAUGGUGCUGAGCUCGCAUGACACAACCCCUCCGAAACUGCAGUUGAACGCUCGAUUUUUGAGACAAUCAUCCUUUUAAUCCACCAAAACUCUAAAAACCGAAGAAGGUCCACCACUCUAUUAACCCAUAACGGGUGGCCCCGAAAUUGCAGAGCCAACAAUUUUUCCUCAACGCCAUCACCACGAUUGAGAAACUCUCAAUAUACCAUCAAGCAGUCUCUUUUAGAGAGAAAAGAUGGCUUCUUCUUUUGCAGGGGUGAUACCCAUCACACAUAUUAACAAUUUUCCUUUAAAAAAAGCUCUGCCAUCUUCUCCACCCAAUUCAUUUCUUCACCAUUAUUCUCACGUGGUUCUCCUCUCGCUCUGCAACUCUCCGUCUCUCUCUAAUCUGCCAAGCUGUUGUACAGAAAUGACAUACUUGCAAGCACUCCAUGUGAAACAUAGCCAAAUCUCUCCACACAACUUGAUUUCACGGUGUGAGGAACUCAAUCUCGAAGAAGCCAUGGAAAUUGUGGACUCAACUGAAAGGAAUGGAACCUAUCUCAAUGUUAGCUCCUAUUCCUGCCUUCUGGCGUGUUGUAUUGAGAAGAAAGCUUUACAAGAGGGCAUAAGGAUAAGAACCCACAUGGCCAAAUUCAAAGUAGAGGCUGGAAUCUUCAUGGAAAACCAGUUUCUCAAUCUCUGUGCAAAAUGUGGGGCCGUGGAAAUCGCACACCAGACAUUUGAAGAGAUGCCACUAAAGAACUUGGUUUCUUGGAAUGUUAUGAUUGCUGGUUAUUGCUCAAAUGGAAAAUACUACGAAGCUUUCAAAAUUUUCAAGGAGAUGUGCUCAAAAGGCCCCAGGCCUAAUGAUUUAACAUAUGUAAGUGCCCUUCGAGCCUGCGCGAGAUUGGACGAUUCAUUCUAUGGAGAUCAGAUUCUCAAUUGUGUGAUUAAACAGGGGUUUCUCUCCUUGCCCAUUUUGAAUUCCCUGAUCACAUUGUAUGCCAAAUUGGGGAAUCUGGAAGAUGCUGAGAUGGUUUUUUACAAAAUGGCAGAUCAAAGAGAUGAGGUCUCAUGGAAUGCUAUCAUCACGGCCUAUUCUCAAAAUGGUUUCAAUGAACAAGCUCUGACGCUAUUUGUGAAUAUGCUAAAACAAGGCCUGAAACCCGAUGAAUUUUCAUUUGGAAGUGCACUUAAAUCUUGUGCUAGUUUAAGGAAUGUUUCACUAGCCAAAGAGCUCUAUGCCCAGAUAAUCAAGGGAGCACUUGCGUUCCAUCUAUUUGUUGGGUGUGCUCUUUUGGAUGUUUUUGCAAAAUGUGGGGAUCUCAGAGCUGCUCGCCUGAUUUUUUAUCGAAUGCCAGAUCGAAAUAUCGUUUCUUGGAAUGCCAUGAUUUCAGGUUAUGUGGAGAAUGGUUAUGUAACAGGAGCUCUGCAACUUUUUGUGGAAAUGCAUGAAAAUGGUAUUGGUUUGAGUGAAUUUGCUUUAUCCAGUGUGCUCAAGGCUCUAUCAAUGGAUUCCAUUCAAGAAGAGGGACAGCAAUUCCAUGUGCUUGCCAUCAAAUCAGGAUUAUAUACAGAUGCCUCAGUAGGUAAUGCUCUUAUUACCUUGUAUGCUGCUUACAGGAAGAUCUACAGCUCUUUGCGAGCAUUUAAAGAUAUUUUGGAAGCAGAUAUUAUCUCUUGGAACUCCACAAUUCAAUCUUAUAUCCAGAACCAGAGACCCAGUGAGGCCCUUCUCCUGUUCCAGAAAAUGAAGUUUUCAGGGAUGGAACCUGAUGGGUUCAGCUUUAUUGGUGCCUUGGCUGCCUGUACAAAUGGAGCUUGGGCUAAAACGGGCAGACAAUUACAUUGUGACUUAGUUAAAAAGGGAUUCACAUCAGAUUCCUUUAUAGGAAGUGCACUAAUCAAUAUGUAUACCAAAUCUGGGGCUCUAUCUGAAGCUAAGGAGGUAUUUGAUAGGAUUGAGCAGAGAGACGUAAUCACAUGGAAUGCAAUGGUUGUGGGCUAUGCCAAUAAUGACCAGGGAGACGAAGCUCUGAAACUCCUGUGUCAAAUGAAUGAAGAGAAGAUAGAACCUGAUAACUUCACCUUUGCUGGGGUGCUUGCUGGGUGUGCCAAUAUAAUGGCAGUUCAUCAAGGCAAACAGGUCCAUGCAUUGAUCACAAAAGCUAGGUUUCCGAUGGAUGUUGCAGUAGGAAAUGCUUUAAUAACAAUGUACUCAAAAAUGGGAAGCAUAGAUGAAGCACAAACAGUAUUCCUCAUGCUACCUUAUAGGAAUUUAGUUUCAUGGACUGCAAUGAUAAUGGGUUAUGCCCAUAAUGGGCAAUCUAAGGAGGCACUCAAACUCUUCCAUGAAAUGCAAAGUUCUAAUGUGAAGCCAAAUGGCAUAACAUUUGUUGGGGUUUUAACAGCUUGUAGUCAUGCAGGGCUCACUGAACAAGGUGUGAAGUAUUUCAAUUCUAUGGUUACAGACCAUGGAAUAACCCCUGAUUAUGAGCAUUAUGCCUGUGUAGUAGAUAUUCUAGGACGGGCAGGGAGGCUUGAGGAUGCCGAAGAGUUCAUUCAAAAUAUGCCUCAUGACCCUGAUGCCCUCGUUUGGCGAAUGCUUCUCAGUUCUUGUAGGACUCAUGGUGAUCUGGUGAGAGGAGAGAGGUGCAUGGAAAGGAUUCUGGCUCUAGAUCCUAGUGAUUCUGCAGCUUAUGUGUUGCUUUCAAAUAUCUAUGCAGCCUAUGGGAAGUGGGAGGAUGUUGAAAGGGUUAGAAGAUUGAUGAGAGAGAAAGGAAUAAGGAAAGUACCAGGAAAGAGUUGGAUUGAGAUUCAUAAUGGAUUGCACGAGUUUGUUGCUGGUGAUAGGUCGCAUCCUCAGGCUACUGAGAUUUAUGCAAGAUUGGCGGAGCUGGUAGAGGAGAUGAAGAAAGAGGGAUAUGAACCUGAUACAGAUUUGGUUCUCCACAACACAGAGAAAGAAAGAAAAGAAGAUAUGAUCUGUUAUCAUAGCGAGAAGCUGGCCAUUUCAUUUGGACUCAUCAGUUUGGCAUUGGGGACUACAAUUAAGGUGUUCAAGAAUUUGCGUGUGUGUGGGGAUUGCCAUAAUGCGGCAAAGCUGAUAUCUAAGAUUGUUGGGCGAGAAAUCAUCAUCCGAGACACAAGCCGCUUUCAUCAUUUCAGAAAUGGGAUGUGCUCUUGUGGAGACUUCUGGUGAGGUUCAUCUCCAUGGGUUGCUAGUGAAAUUGGUUGACAGUUUAACGUAGUUAAGAUACAACUUAGGUAUAUGAGAGUUCAAUUAGAUCAUUCUACAAGAUCUUCUGUAAUCAGAAGAAGGGUCGAAGAAAAGUGCGCCUUGUCAUGAAGGUAGAUAAGGUCCUAGAGCAAGGCCGCAUAUUUCAACCAAAAAACAAACAAGAAUUGUUCUGUGCAUUGACCUAAUCUGUGCUGCUGUGCAUCUUUUACCCUCUGUUUGCACAACCAACCACACUUUUAGAAUUUAAUGGAUCCAUCUGUAUAGCAGUUUUUUAUUUUAGGCCACAUCCUAGGUGGCUGUUUUGUGGCCCAGGAGUGGGCGGUUUUUGUAUAUUGUAAACUCUUAUACUUAGAAUGUUAACAGUUUCAAAAAACAAACAA